AUGAAGCUGUGCGAUGCGUUCGCGCGGAUGCCAAGGGUCGUGGCCUCGGGCUGGUUUUUCUCCCUGUCCAUGCUGGCGGUGUGCCUCAGCGCCGUGUGGAUCGGCAUCGACGCCGACAGGAACCUCUCCAAGAGCUACUACGCCUCGGACCCCGCGUUCCUCUUCAUGGACCACCUCUUCUGCGCCGUGUUCCUCUUCGAGAUCGCCGUGCGCUUCGGCGCGUUCCGAAGGAAGCGGGACUGCCUCAUGGACUCCUGGUUCCGCUUCGACGCGUUCCUUGUGACGCUAAUGGUCAUCGACACCCUAGUUCUGCCCCCGAUCCUGCUUGUGGCGACGGACGGUGGCCAGGAGGGCCUGAGCGAGCUUGCGGCGCUGCGGACGGCCCGGAUGCUGCGGCUCUCGCGCAUGGCGAGGCUCUUGCGGUACUUCCCUGAGGUCGUGACCAUCGCGAAGGGCAUCAAGGGCGCGCUGCGGUCCGUGGUGAUCACGCUGGUGCUGCUGCUGGUGCUGCUGUACGUGUUCGCCAUAUUCUUCAAGACGCAGGCCGAGGUCCUGAGCUGGUACGACGAGCGCGUUGACUCUGUCGGGAAGGCACCGGCGCGGCCUCGAAAUGAAGGAGACACAGAGGAUGAGCUGGACGCAGAUUGA